UUUGUUGCUACAUCUGCCUGAAUCAGAUGAGUUUCGCAGUGUAAGGGGUUCUGUCAAAAAGGUGAGGUUUUCCCCUGUGAAAAUACAUUGUGAUAAGCGAGUCUUGAGUAGGAAAUUGUUGCGGUUGUCAGUCAUUUUGGAAUAACAUGGAGACAGGAGAAGACAGAGGAAGGGAGCCCAGCACCCCAUUCACCCAGAUUAACCCACUGUACAGGAUGGACCUGGAACUGAGCAGGAGUGACCUGCACACGCUUGAGUGUAGCGAUUUGAAACCAGCAAAGGCCAGAACGGGAAAGGGAUGUCUGAACGUUAUCAUCGUUUACCUCAUCUUUCUGACUGCAGUGAAUGCCUUCGUCCUUUACAAAGUCUUUUCAUUGGAAUCCAGAAAUCUCUUUCCUGGCUCCAAGGCACAGAAGCAGUGGUUUGAAAACAACAUCCCACUGAAGGUCCAAGAGGAGGAGCUACAUGUCCUUGCAAAAAACAACAGCCUGGAGACUUCCGCUAUCAGAGGAGAGCUGCAGAGUUUACAGGUCCAGGUCAAUAGCCUCUGUGGGGAGGAUGGACAGCUAGAUCAACUGAAGAUGGACCUGGGUGUGAUCAACAUCAGCAAUACUGUGCUUCAAGAGAAAGUGAACGCAAUCAGUUUGCUUGAAGGUCCAUCUGGUAUGAAGGGGGAACCUGGUGCACGAGGGGAAAAGGGAGACACAGGUGAAACAGGACAAAAAGGAGACACUGGAGUUGAUGGCCUGCCUGGAGCCAAGGGAGAACCAGGAGAACCAGGGCCCAAAGGAGAAGAUGGAGCACCUGGAAGAUCAGAAGAAAUACCAGCCGUUAACUGCUCAGGACCACCUGGCCUACCAGGACCACAGGGACCCAAGGGGGAUAGGGGAUACAUUGGGGCACCUGGGAUAGCAGGCCUGAAGGGGGACAAAGGGAACACUGGACCAGAGGGUCGGGUUGGUGAAAAGGGGUCCCCAGGUUUGAAGGGGGACUCCGGCGCAGUGGGAAUGCGUGGACCCAUAGGAGCAACAGGACCCAGAGGACCGGCUGGAGAAAAGGGACAGCCAGGUGUUCCAGGGUUGAAGGGAAAUCCUGGAGAACAAGGUCCUCGUGGUGAGAAGGGUGAGGCCCAGAAACCAGUGAACGUACGCAUCUCCGGCGGGGGGAGUCGUGGGCGAGUGGAGGUGUUCUGGUCGGGGGAGUGGGGUACAGUGUGUGACGACAACUUUGACGCAGUGGAUGGGACGGUGAUCUGCAAGAUGCUGGGGUACCAAAGAGCCUCUUCAGUCUUCACUGCCCCUCCCGGAGCUGGUAGGAUCUGGUUCGAUGACCUGCUCUGCACGGGCACAGAGAAGUCUAUUUUUGACUGCAAGCACAACGGUAUGGGAACAAACAACUGUCAACACAGCGAGGACGCAGGGGUGCUGUGUGUGUGACCCUGGCAUGUGACCCCAGGAGGAGAGUAACCUUUCAGUUUUAGACACACAUACUGUAUAUUAACAUGCUACAGAUCAUAGCUAUGGGAGACACACCCACACACUUGUGAUUGUGUACAGUGAAAGUAUGUCACCCCUGUAAUAGUUGGAGUAGGGUUUUAGGCUGGACUCAAGACCCACCUCUGAGGGAAGUUGACUUUGGGAUGAAAACAUACUGAAUAAAAACUGCAAUUCUGCUUUGAUUUGAA